AAAAACAGCCUUAACUCAUCUCGCCGGAGACGACCCAUCCUCAGCCCAGGUGGAUGAAGAUGCCAUUGUCUAUUACCAUCCUAUAUUGCCAGGGCUUCUCAUCGUUCCUAACCUCAUACCACCAAGGAUCCAGAGGACUUUGCUGUCCCGUCUCAUUCACAGAGACCUCAGUCAACCUCACAACCAGACAAACAUGCAUCUACAUUACGACCUGCCCUACCCAAAACACGACAUGACAGAUGAGCCCGUAUCAUUCUUCACCUAUCCGCCGGACUCAGACACCAAGUUUAUCCCCAAAGAUCCUUGCGUGCACAAGCCCCUCUCCAUCAAGCAGGUCAUGGAGCGGAAGCUGCACUGGAUCACACUGGGGGGCCAGUACGACUGGACAAAUCGUGUGUAUCCAGGCGAGAGGCCUCCCGAGUUCCCUCGUGAUGUCGCGGGCCUGCUUGAGACACUGUUUCCCGAGACGUUGGCCCAGGCGGCCAUUGUGAACUUCUACACGCCGGGAGACACUAUGAUGAUGCACCGGGAUGUGUCCGAGGAGACGGACAAGGGACUGGUGAGCCUGAGUAUGGGAUGUGACGCGCUCUUCAUGAUUGCACCUAAUGAUGUCGGCAAGAUGUCAGAAGAAGACCGUCCUGGCCAUGGCGAAAAGGAGCAUCUACUGCUGCGGAUCAGAUCAGGCGAUGCUAUCUACAUGACGCAGGAAGCCCGCUACGCAUGGCACGGCGUACCUAAGGUGCUGAAAGGGACAUGUCCCGACUAUCUCGAGGACUGGCCGGCCGAAGACGGCAAGUAUGAGGAGUGGCAGGGCUGGAUGAAGAACAAGAGAAUCAACUUGAACGUGAGGCAGAUGAGGGACUGUUGAGCGCCCACUGGAAGCGGUCGAACCUCCGAACUGGACCUUUGCGAUUAAGGAGAGGUAGGAACCGCAACAAGUCCCAGAGACACGAGUGACAUGCGGUCAACCAUACAUAGGAACAGCCGAAUCAUGGAACCCCUGUGGCCGUCUAAUGCGACAUGCGAAGUCUUUU